CCGGAGGGCGGCGCGGGAGGAAGCAGCGGCGGUGGCUCCAUGGCCCGCGCGCGCUGAGGGACGCGGCUCUCGCCUCAGCCCGGCGGCGGCGGCGGCCGAACAAUGAAGCUCCUGAAGCCGACCUGGGUCAACCACAAUGGAAAGCCAAUUUUUUCAGUUGAUAUUCACCCUGACGGGACCAAGUUCGCAACUGGAGGACAAGGACAGGAUUCUGGGAAGGUUGUGAUCUGGAAUAUGUCUCCAGUCCUCCAGGAGGAUGACGAGAAGGAUGAAAAUAUUCCCAAGAUGCUUUGCCAGAUGGACAAUCACUUAGCAUGUGUGAACUGUGUGCGGUGGUCAAACAGUGGGAUGUAUUUAGCUUCUGGGGGAGAUGACAAACUGAUUAUGGUGUGGAAGCGGGCUACGUACAUCGGCCCCAGCACCGUGUUCGGCUCCAGUGGUAAGCUUGCCAAUGUGGAGCAGUGGCGAUGUGUCUCUAUCCUCCGGAGUCACUCAGGCGAUGUGAUGGAUGUAGCAUGGUCUCCCCAUGACGCGUGGCUGGCCUCAUGCAGCGUGGAUAACACUGUCGUCAUCUGGAAUGCUGUGAAGUUCCCAGAAAUUCUAGCUACGCUGAGAGGCCAUUCUGGCUUGGUAAAGGGGUUGACUUGGGACCCUGUUGGUAAAUACAUUGCCUCUCAAGCUGAUGACCGCAGCCUAAAGGUGUGGAGAACACUGGACUGGCAGUUGGAGACCAGCAUCACCAAGCCUUUUGAUGAGUGUGGAGGGACAACCCAUGUGUUGCGUCUCAGCUGGUCACCUGAUGGGCACUACCUGGUGUCUGCCCACGCCAUGAACAACUCUGGCCCCACUGCCCAGAUCAUUGAACGAGAGGGCUGGAAGACCAACAUGGACUUUGUCGGGCACCGGAAAGCUGUGACUGUUGUGGUAAAAAUUCAACCCAAAAUCUUCAAAAAGAAGCAGAAGAACGGGAGUUCUGCAAAGCCCAGCUGCCCGUAUUGCUGCUGUGCUGUUGGCAGCAAGGACCGUUCUCUCUCUGUCUGGCUCACGUGUCUGAAACGGCCUUUGGUUGUCAUCCAUGAACUAUUUGACAAAUCCAUCAUGGAUAUUUCCUGGACUCUGAACGUGGGCAUCUUGGUGUGCUCCAUGGAUGGCUCUGUGGCAUGCUUAGAUUUCUCCCAGGAUGAGCUCGGAGACCCCUUGAGUGAGGAGGAGAAGAGCCGCAUUCAUCAGUCCACGUAUGGCAAGAGCUUGGCCAUCAUGACUGAGGCCCAGCUCUCCACAGCUGUCAUUGAGAACCCAGAGAUGCUCAAAUACCAACGCAGGCAGCAGCAACAGCAGCUGGACCAGAAGAGUGCCUCGGCCAGAGAGACGAGCUCAGCUGCCUCAGUUGCUGGUGUCGUCAACGGGGAAAGUCUGGAAGACAUUAGGAAGAAUCUUUUGAAGAAACAAGUUGAGACUCGGACAGCAGAUGGUCGCAGAAGAAUCACGCCUCUCUGCAUAGCACAGCUGGACACCGGGGACUUCUCCACGGCAUUCUUUAACAGCAUCCCACUCUCAGGCUCCCUGGCGGGCACCAUGCUCUCCUCUCAUAGCAAUCCACAGCUACUGCCACUGGAUUCCAGUACCCCCAACUCCUUUGGCGCCUCGAAGCCCUCCACAGAGCCUGUGGCUACAACUGGCGCCAGGCCGGCUGGUGAUACUGUCAGUAAGGACAGUGUGAAUGCUACCUCUACUCCUGCUGCAUCAUCGCCCUCCAUGUUAACAACCCCGUCCAAGAUUGAACCCAUGAAAGCAUUUGACUCCCGAUUCACGGAGCGGUCCAAAGCCACGCCAGGUGCUCCUUCCUUGACCAGUGUGACUCCAACAGCCGUGGAAAGGUUGAAAGAGCAAAACCUUGUGAAGGAGCUAAGGCCGCGGGACCUCCUGGAGAGCAGCAGUGACAGCGACGAAAAGGUCCCUGUGGCUAAGCCCUCCUCGCUGUCCAAGCGAAAACUGGAGCUUGAGGUGGAAACAGUGGAAAAGAAGAAAAAAGGGCGGCCUCGGAAGGACUCUCGGCUCAUGCCUGUGUCUCUGUCUGUCCAGUCCCCAGCUGCCCUGACUGCAGAGAAGGACGCCGUGUGUUUGUCUGUACCAGCACCUGCACUGAAACUACCCAUGCCAGGCCCCCAGAGAGCAUUCACCCUCCAGGUGAGCUCCGAUCCCUCCAUGUACAUUGAAGUGGAGAAUGAAGUGACUGCCGUGGGGGGUGUGAAGCUAAGUCGUUUGAAGUGUAACCGGGAAGGGAAGGAGUGGGAGACAGUACUCACCAGCCGGAUCCUCACCGCUGCCGGCAGCUGUGACGUGGUAUGUGUCGCCUGUGAAAAGAGGAUGCUGUCCGUGUUCUCUGCCUGUGGUCGCCGCCUCCUCCCUCCCAUUCUCCUGCCGUCCCCAAUCUCCACUUUGCACUGCACGGGCUCCUACGUCAUGGCACUCACUGCUGCAGCCACGUUGUCUGUCUGGGAUGUUCACAGACAGGUGGUUGUGGUGAAAGAGGAAUCUCUACACUCCAUCUUGGCAGGAAGUGACAUGACAGUGUCACAGAUCUUGCUGACACAGCAUGGAAUCCCAGUGAUGAAUCUGUCUGAUGGGAAGGCAUACUGCUUUAAUCCAUCACUUUCUACAUGGAACCUGGUUUCUGACAAGCAGGACUCCCUGGCCCAGUGUGCGGACUUCAGGAGCAGCCUGCCUCCCCAGGAUGCCAUGCUAUGCUCCGGACCUUUAGCCAUAGUCCAGGGCCGUGCCUCCACUUCAGGAAGACAGGCAGCCCGGCUCUUCUCCGUGCCUCAUGUAGUGCAGCAGGAGACCACCCUGGCCUACCUGGAGAAUCAGGUUGCGGCGGCACUCACCCUGCAGUCCAGCCAUGAGUACCGCCAUUGGCUCCUCCUCUACGCUCGGUACCUUGUGAAUGAAGGGUUUGAAUACCGGCUCCGAGAAAUAUGCAAGGACUUACUGGGUCCGGUUCACUACUCCACUGGAAGCCAGUGGGAGUCAACGGUAGUGGGUCUGCGGAAGAGGGAGCUGCUGAAGGAGCUGCUGCCAGUCAUCGGGCAGAAUCUCCGCUUUCAGCGCCUCUUUACCGAGUGUCAGGAGCAGCUCGACAUCCUGAGGGACAAGUAGCCUGCCCAGACCUUCCCUGGCUGCAGCAAGGGCAAGGCCACCCUCACGCUGCUGACAAUGCGCAGGGCCCCCUCUCACCUCGUCAGACUACAGAAGGACGAGGAGACACUGGCAGGAGGUGGGCUGUCCUGUGCCAGCGCUG